UGGGAGUUGUAGUCUCAACAGAGAGCGCAAGCAUGGCGGCCUCCAUGGCAAGGGGCUGCCAGGCUGCAAAGGGUCUGGGCCCGAGCUUUCGAUCCGCCAGGGCUCUACUCCCUGUGUCAACCUCUGUCGCCAGCCGGGUCCUGGCGGGGCCGGGCCGGCGGCAGAUCACUAGACCUUCUGAGCCUGGCGUGUUCCAGCCACCGCCGAAACCGGUUAUAGUGGACAAGCGCCGCCCCCAGCGCCGGGAAAGCAGGUUCUUGAGUCCUGAAUUCAUUCCUCCAAGGGGAAGAACAAAUCCUCUGAAAUUUCAAAUAGAAAGAAAAGAUAUGUUAGAAAGGAGAAAAAUACUCCACAUUCCAGAGUUCUACGUUGGAAGCAUUCUUCGUGUUACUACUGCUGACCCAUAUGCCAAUGGAAAAACCAGCCAGUUUCUGGGGAUUUGUAUCCAGAGAUCGGGAAAAGGACUUGGAGCUACUUUUAUCCUUAGGAAUACUAUUGAAGGACAAGGUGUUGAGAUUUGCUUUGAACUUUAUAAUCCUCGAAUCCAGGAGAUCCAAGUUGUCAAAUUAGAGAAACGGCUUGACGAUAGUUUGCUAUACUUGCGAGAUGCCCUUCCUGAAUACAGCACUUUUGAUAUGAACAUGAAGCCAGUAGCACAGGAACCUAACCAAGAAGUUCCUAUUAAUCAGCUAAAAGUAAAAAUGAAGCCAAAACCCUGGUCCAAACGCUGGGAACGUCCAAAAUUUAAUGUUAAAGGGAUCAGAUUUGACCUUUGUUUAACCAAAGAGCAAAUGAAAGAAGCCCAGAAGUGGAGUCAGCCAUGGCUUGAGUUUGAUAUGAUGAGGGAAUAUGACACGUCAAAGAUCGAAGCUGCAAUAUGGAAUGAAAUUGAAGCAUCGAAAAAUUCCUGAUCUGAGAAUGGGGGUGGUUACUGGCAGAGGAUAUACUGACUCUCAGAGGAUUUAUUUAGAAACCAAUUUAAUCUCAUAUAUAAAGACAUAGUCAUUAAAUCAAUUAAGUGUUAUAUUGUGAAUUCUAUUUAAAAAAUCAUCACACCCGUUUAUUAUUUUAAAAAGAAAAAUGUGCGUGCCAAGUGGUCUGAUGUACAUUCUUUUAAUGAAAGCAAAGCUAUAAUAGCAUAAAACUGUUACUGGAAUGCUCUUCAUUGAGCUUAGGAUCUGAACAAGGAAGUCGGUAGGAUGAUUUUUUGAAGUUGUGAAAUAAAUUAUAAAU